UGACCUCCCCGCUUUUCAGCCCUGAGCCUGAAACGAACCCGCUCCUCUGCGCUUUCUCCGCUCUUUUCCGCCUUUCACCGCCGAUCCGUGCAGCCUUACCACUGCCGACAUGCGCCCACAACCCCGGGAGACAUGAACACAGCCCCCCGGAGCCCCACGGACCAUCUAACCCCCGCGUAAACCCCGCACAAACCCGGGGAGAGGACUGAAAACACGGGAUUUCGCUGAGGUGUGAUCCCACGAAGACCCAGGCUCCAAGAUGAUGGCCUCCAGCGACGUCGACCGCAACGAUGAUCAUAAUCCUUCAGAGAUGGACGCCUUGUGCCCCAGCCCCCCCGGCCCCUCUCGCCCCCAGAGGAACUACGAGCGCAUGGGGGAGCGCUCCGGCACCACUUUCUUCCAGACUCUGAUCCACUUGUUGAAGGGGAACAUAGGCACGGGUCUGCUGGGUUUGCCUCUGGCUGUGAAGAACGCCGGACUCGUGCUCGGUCCGAUCAGCCUGCUGGUGAUGGGGGUCAUAGCUGUUCACUGUAUGAGGUUGCUGGUGAAAUGCUCUCACCACCUCAGUGAAAAGAUGAACCGUCCCUCUCUGUCGUACGGGGAGGCGGUGCAGUUCGGCCUUGAGAACGUGUCCUGGUUCCGGAGACACUCUCACUGGGGAAAGAAAAUCGUGGAUCUGUUUCUGAUCAUCACUCAGCUGGGAUUCUGCUGCGUCUACUUUGUUUUUCUGAGCGACAAUGUCAAACAGGUGGUAGAAGCCGCUAACGCCACCACGUUUACCUGCGAGUUGAACUUGACAAACCAGACGAGUGUGCUGGUGCCCAGUUUUGAUUCCCGUCUCUACAUGUUGUGUUUUUUGCCCUUCAUCGUGCUCCUCGUCUUCACCCCAAACCUCAAGUAUCUGGCUCCUCUGUCUCUGGUGGCAAACCUGGCCAUGAGCGCCAGCCUGGUCCUCAUUUACUUCUACUCUCUCACGCAUAUUACGUAUCCGAUCAACCUGCCCAAAGUGGGACGGGCCAAAGACUACCCCCUCUUCUUCGGGACGGCCAUAUUUGCUUUUGAAGGGAUCGGAGUGGUUCUGCCUCUGGAGAAUAAGAUGCAGCGCCCCCAGAGGUUCAUGCUGGUACUGUUCGUGGGCAUGGGCAUCGUGACUUUUCUGUACAUCAGCCUGGGCACCAUCGGGUACAUGUGCUUCGGAGACUCCAUAGGGGGCAGUAUCACACUCAACCUGCCAAACUGCUGGACGUAUCAGGCGGUGAAGCUGCUUUACUGUUUCGGGAUCUUCAUCACGUUCGCGCUCCAGUUUUACGUCCCAGCUGAGAUCCUGAUUCCUCCUCUCACGGCCCGAGUCCAACCGCACUGGGAACGCCCCGUCGACCUGCUCAUGAGGACGGCCCUGGUCAUCGCGACGUGUGCGUUGGCCGUGCUGAUCCCGGAGCUGGACUUGGUCAUCUCUCUGGUGGGCUCCGUCAGCAGCAGUUUCCUCGCCCUGAUCUUCCCCCCUCUCCUCCAGCUCGCCGUUUUCCAUGGCGAAGGCCUCUCUCCGCUCGUCACCAUCAAGAACCUCGUCAUCAGCGCCGUGGGGUUCAUCGGGUUCUUGGCGGGAACGUACAUCGCCAUCGAACAGAUCAUCGCCAGGAACACCAGCAAGCAUAUAGACGCCACGCCCUCCUUCAUGGUCCAAUAGUGAAGAGGUUUGAGUAGGGCGGAUUGUCGGACAUUUUGAGAUCGUCCUCUGUAAUAUUUAUAUAAUGUGUCUUUGGGCGUGUGCUACAUGCUUUUUCAUCCUGUGAUUUCCACCAAGAGGUACAGACCCCAGUCAUGUUUUAUUUUAUCAUUACAUUACUGCUGUACUACUAUUACUAUUACUACUAUUACUAGUACUACUGCUACUUUACUUAUGAUAAUACAUUGGAUAUAUAUCGUAAACUCCAGACUAUUGAGCGCACACGAAUACAAGCCGCAGGUGUCCACGUCUUCAAAAAAGUUUUCAAGUUGAGGCCAUCUGCUUUCAUCACCUCUGAAGCUUUUGUCGUCUUUUUGCAUUGAGUCAGUUCGUCACGUUGCCGCCGCCGAAAUCUCACCAUCGAUCACUGAUGUCGAGCUCACGAGCAGCAGCUCAAUUUCCUUCCUCGACAGUCACAUCAAUCGCCUUUAACUGCAUUUCUUGGAGUGUUUUCCAUGAGGAGGGUGUGUGGAUGAAGCUCAAAAUAACUGUUCAAAACACAAACAAGCGCAUCACUCCUGUCUCUCCCCACUCUACUGCUCAUGUCUCCUGCAGAAAGAGGCUCUGUCCUGUCUGUAUCAUUUCAGCAGAUUUCAGACUCUCUCGGGGGCGGGGUUUAGUUCUAUCAAUCAAGUAUGAGUGGAUGUUUAGCUACUGAAGUGUGAGGCGUUUCUUCUCGUCAUUUACACACACUGGUAAGACGUAUCUCCCUCACUAAUGUUCAUUUAGCAUGAGAACUUAUUCGAUCACACGGCGAUAAACUAUUUGAGUGCUGACAAUAUCGCGAGCUCGUGUAGAAACUUCAUGUUAACUCUAGAUCCAUGUGUAACGGCACAGACAGCGGCGUUUUCUGCACUCAGGCUGCGUGUAUCCGCUGUAAUACCAAACAAAGCAUCCGUCCAUAUAUUCGCCGUAUCGGUUUAUUCGCCGCAGGGUCCAAAGUGUGAGGAAAAAAGUAGCGGCUUAUAGUCCGGAAUUUACGGUAAUUCCUGAUAACGAACUGAAUGCUGAAAAUUUGGCUGGCUCGAGCAUCGGUAUAGAACUUCUCAUAGUGUUUGAACUUAUAGAUACAGAGCUGUCCGGUUGUUUUGAAGGAUAAAUAACGAUAACACAAUCGUAACUCUUGUGUCAUGACUUAAUUUUGUUUUAAGGAAGUUUUAAGAAGUGCCGUUUUCUGUCCCUACAAAGAUCUCGGUUAAUAUCAGGUAAACUUAAAGGAGCACUAUGUAACUUCUAAGUUGGGGGGAGGGUUCACUACUUGCUUGUCUCCAUAUAGAUGUUAUUUCUUUGCCUGGAUGUUCCACAGUAGGGCAUUAAACAUAUCUCUCUUGCAUUUGUUUAAUUACAGCUCUUUUAAAGCUCAAAAAUACCAAAAAUAUAUAAAAAAACAUGAAUUCUUACCACGUGCAGAUUCACUUCUCCGUAGAUCUGACCAUUAACCUGUCUUCAUUGUGAGGUUUAUUUGCAUAUUGUGGAAUAAUCAAGGGAAAGCAUUAAUAUCUCCAUGGAGACAAGCAGGUAGCGGACCACCACGAGAACUAAAUCUCCUCAAAAAUCUUAAAUCGAGAGCGCUGAACUGCUCUGGUGCACUUAGUUCCGGUCAUAUUAAACAGCUCAUACCUCUUGGUGGAAACGGUAGAACGUCACCAGCUUUUGUCCAAACGUGUCUCCGUCAUGUCUAUAGAAGUCUUUAUGAAUAAACUUCAAUCAAACCUCCAUGGAAACAAGAAUGACUGAAAAUACCAUUGGCUCACCUUGAAAAUCUACCAAACUCAAAUACGUGAUUCAAGCGUUCGUAUUAUAUUGUUAAAGAAGCACCGUGUAACUUUUUCCAUCUCCAUCUGCUCGUUUCUGUAGAGAUGGUAUUCCGCAGUAUGACAAUAAACUCAUCUAUCUUGCUUUUAUUCAAUUAGGUGUUUUUAUGACAACAAUAAAACACUUGUUGGUUGCUGCUCGUCGCCAUGGAGAUAGAUAAGUAUGCGUAUUUUGCAGGAAAGUUACACAGUGCAUCUUUAAAUCACAAAGUACUAUCGUUGAACCAUCUACCUCACCUUAUGUUGUCAUUCUCACAUUAUUAGAGUAUUAGGGGUUUUAUUUUAGUUUGAAAACACGCUUUUGCAUUUUAUUUUUCUGCACUUUAAUUUUUGCCUUAUUUGGUGUAAAACAGUGCAAUAUUGUAAUCCCUUAAGAGUAGAUUUGUAGUUUUAAUUAACGUAAGGUUUCAGUUUUAAGGUUUUUAACUGUAGUUCAAAUUCCAUGCAAGGAAAUAAGGCUGGGUGAUACUAAAAAUGUAUCUCAAUUUCCAGUUAAAGAUGUUUUGUAAAGUAAAAUUAGUCUUGGCCCAGCACAGAUGUAUUGUAAAAGCAGACCGCGGAGUCAAAAUGAGACCACUGUGCUGUCUGCUUCUAAUUAUAAAGCGUUUUUAUUGUAAUUUUAUUUAUUGAAAAAGGAGUUUUAAAAUUUUCCGUUUUGUUUUACUGUUUAAUACGGCCAAUACAAAAUGCCAAAUAUCUCAAAUUAUCACCCAGCCCUGUUCUCUCUUCUGAAUGUUUUGGUUGCACCUAACUGUAAAACUCUGAUUUUGACACAAUUUAAAGGGAUUGUCCAAUAUUUUAUGAUUUUAUUUUGAAUUUUAUUUUAUUUUAUUUUUGCUCCUGUUUGUUCCUCCAGUCUUUUAAAUGUAAUGAAGUGAAGUAGCCCUUUAUCUAAUUGCAUUCCUACAUUAUAAUUCAGCAAUUCUGUCAAAUCUCUUGUUUGUGUCAAUAGGAUUUUUAUUACUUUUAUAUAUUUACAUUUUUUAAUUUAAACUAACCUUAAAAACUCGCUGCUUUGCUUUGAUCAAAAUGAAACUUGUUGUAUUAUAGAUAAACACUCAUUCAUUUCUGUGGAUUCAGAGCUUCAUUGCAAUUACUGUAACACGGAGGCAGGAAAAGAAGUGACAUUUUGGUCCCAAGUUUUAACAAAAAUCUGUAAAAGUUUUGUAUUUCUUUCAAAUGUUUAAAGUCUCGAUGAAAGUGUGGUCCAUUUGAAUGUCAUUUUGAAAACCAAUCAUCUGAAUUGUCACUUCAGCCACAGAUAUAGAUUUUUGUUUUCAUCAUUUCACCAAUAAGAAAAACAUCAUUUCCAUUGUGUGUAAUAAUAAUCUUAUUAAAAACCAUUUUUCCAAAGAGUUCA